AUGUUGGUGGGAUUUCCCAAGCUGCUUGGAACAGGACGAGCCACCAGCGGAAAACCAGCGGAAUCUCGCGAAAUCCCGAGGUUCCAUUUCCUGCUGGAUGGCAAGGAAGUCACUGUGAUUGUACAGUGUACAGAUUGCCUCGGGAACCGCGCAGUUGCCUCAGCCAGCGCUUCGACAGCGACCGUCGCGACGGAGAUUGGUUGGAAAAGCUUGGCGCACGUCUAUUGCAUGAAUUUGGACCAUCGACCCGAGCGUUGGGAGUUCAUGCAACGUCAGUUCCAACGUUUGCGUCUUCCGGUGGAGCGUUUCAGUGCGGUGAAUGGCCGGCAGCUGGAUGUGCCGGAGCUGGCCAUGAACGGAAUCAUCGCAAUGGAGGCCUUGCCGCGGUACUAUCUUCCGGACGAACAGAAACUCUUUGGCACGGACUUAACCGCUGGAGCCAUUGGCUGUGCUCUUUCGCACAUGCUCAUUUGGCGCGACAUUGUGCGGCGCUGCGCCGAAGAUGGGGUUGAUCCACGCGCGCCCUUCUUGGUGAUCGAGGACGACUGCCAGUUUUGCCCCGAGUUCUCCGAAUCCUUGCUGCUGGAACGCCUCUCCCACGUGCCGGAGGACUGGCAAAUCGUGUACUUGGGCGGCCAGGACUUACUCCGCAGGCAACACUUGUACGAAGUGGGCAAAGGCGUCCGACGGCUCUACAAGGGCUUUCGAGAAACCACGGCCUACGUCAUCAAUGACGCAGGGGCCAAAGCUUGUUUGGAGGUGAGCGUGCCGCUCCAUUGGCAGAUCGACACCCACAUGAACGAUGAAUCUCUUCGUGAAGGGUUGAAGCCUCCGAGACCUGGACAUCAAGAUCAUACCAUGCAUCCCAGAGGCUAUUUCCUUUGGCCAGGCAUUGUUGCCCAGCAACGAGAAGGCUUUCCCACGGAUGUGCAAAAGAUGGAGCACGACUGAAGGGCGCAGCCAGGUCGAAGGAAGCCAUGGUGAGGAUGUUUCUAGUUGUAGAUUAAUAGUUGAAACGGAG